AUGGUGUCACGCUCCUCGUCGCAUCAAGAUCCCCAAGAAUGUGAGAUGACACGAAAUCAAUGUGGUCUAGUAGAAACGUGCUUUGAGGAGGGUCAAUACGAGUCUGGCAUCGCAGUGCUCGAACAGCUAAGGUCCGAAAACUCCAAGCCACCCGUGUCUCUUGUACGUCAGCUCUUCUACAUCGCAUUGUACCCCCCGCCGCCAUCCCUCGAUCAUGUAGAAGAGCGCGAUCCCAAUCCUGCUUCACCGUCAAAAGGCUCCCCUACAAAACAAAAGCAUCAGGCACCAAAAAUGACAUUUACUCCUUCAGUCAAUGCAUCAGAAGCCGCACAACGCUUGUUAUUAUCCUUCGUUAGAACAAAUACACCUACAUCUCUUUUCCAGGCUUUGCCACAGCCGCGCAGGAGCAACGAACUGUCAUUCGAAGGUGAUGAUUAUGACUCUGUUGUAGCAAAGGAGUCCCUGUGCAUUAAGGACGCGAAGCACUGCUGGGCAAUACUCAAGGAGGGUUUCGUACCGCGAAUAAAAAUCUUUCAGCCGUCCCUACUAUCAGGGAAGAAGAAACGUGGAAAACUCAUCAUCGAUACUGAAGAGUAUGUAGAGGAGAAUCGCAGCAAUCUGGUUCUCGCUCCUGUGGCAGAGUAUGCCUGGCUAGUCUUGCAGUGGCUGGUCGAGCUUUUUCAUCGGGACGAAUCUUUGGCAUCUGGAGAUGUGAAGCAUUCACCAUUGUUGCUGUUGCAGAUUCCCCCGCCGAGAAGUGGCACUGGACUUCGAUGGGAAGUUGAUGCACCCCUAGACAUCGUGUUCUAUUGCACUUCGCAAGGUCAACCGCAGCGACGACAGCUGGGUUUCGAACUGAUGGCUUUGCUCAUCGGAAUUUGUCUAACAGCAGAAUUUGACUUUAACAUGUUUCUGGAGCAAGUCACGUCACGGCUACACUCAGCCUCCCCAGAGAUCGUCCAGACCUUUAUGUCUGGCUUCCAUCUGUCGCAUUCAGCGCAACUGUUCAAACUGGCGCUCUGCCGCAAAUUCCUUUCGGAUGAAUCGGGUGGAAGGAAUCUAUCGAGCCGUCGCCCCAAGCCACAAGCACGAGCUGUGAGAGCAGCGCGAGGCAUUGCCCGUGCGGGAGAGGAGAACCUGUCAUCCUCCAGUGCAAAUGACUUGUCAGCCUCCUUUUCUGCGAGUAAAAUUUCUGCGCCUCCCACCGGCGACAUCGUCCACCUUCUUACAGGGUCUAACGGACGUACUUCUCCUGCAAUUCUAACUGUGAAGAAGGAGCUUCUGAUUUCCUACGCCUACCUGCAGCAGAUCGCGGAGCGACGGGACGUGGAAUGGCAGCAAAUAACAACAGAUGGGCGUCUCGAAGACCAAGUCAAUUUGGUGUUUGGUGGAGAGAGUUAUGCUCAGCAAGACAAAGAUGCCCUAAUUAGUCUUGUGAGAGUCUGCGCCAUGAAUUAA